GACGGUACGCUUUCGUCAGAAGUGGAGCAACAACAUUCAACAUUUUUGUCAUGAUUUCUAUACGAAAUACAUCAUAACUUUCCGUAAGAAGGCAGCGCUCCAAAGAUUGACAACCACAAGACCCCUGACUCAUAGUGACUGGGUCUCCCAGGAUUUGCACAAGGGAUUUUUGCAUCUGAAGUGGAAGCGAGUGAGGCUUGUAUAGAGCCUAGAGGAACCCAAAAUUGAAGGGGAACUGAUUUGACCGCAGGGAUGAGUAAGGUUGUGGGUGUGCCUGACCAGCAGGAGGCCGAGAUCAGAAUUGCUGCAGCAAAUCUCAAUCAGACAGUCGAGGAUGAGUACCUCUGGCUAACAUGUGGAACAAUCAUGGGGAAGCUGCAUAAGAAUCGCUUCUACUGUCCUGGGAUACACAUGGAGUGUAUAGAGGUCGAAGAGGAACUGAUGGUCACGCCAAAAAUGUUUGUGAAAAUGGGGGAGAAAGAGAGGCUGAAGGAUUGGAAGACUGCUGUCAGGGUGAACGGGAUCCCAAUCAGGCGCUAUAUGGAAGCUGGUCACCUCGAUUUCUACCGCCAUAAAGAAACAUGCACGAUGCGAUGUCUGUCUCGGGCAACUACACUCCCUCGACCGGAACUAAACCUAACAGAAGUGGGCUCGAUCAAAGAAACUACUUUCAACUGGCUUGAAAAUGAUUCUGUAAAAACUAAGGGUCAACCAAUAAGCUUACUAUCUAAAAAUCUUCAUGGUGCUAAGGUGUCAAAACCAAGUCAAAGAUCACGUGCAAUUCCAGUGUCGUUAGUGGCCGCAACACCAAUAUCGGGAAGAAGUACCCCCGAGCAAAUGCAGACUGUUUUUAUUAACGCAAGCCAUGGAACUGUUGCAAAAACUGCUGCAGCUAAUUCACUGCUACGAUUAAACAUGGCUGACUUGAAAGCUGGUGUGGUUGCUAAGGAGAACGGUAGCCAUGGCAACGUGAUGUCAUUCUUGAAGACGCUCGAUAAUGGUGCUAGUAGCGAUGGUGCUGAUGCUAAUAUGGAGAGUGAAGCGACCCAUGACCUUGACCCUGAAGAGCUGAGUAUGUUUGAACAUUGCCGAGACAGUCAGGUAUUCUGGCGGGGCAUACUUCAAGUUGGAAUCCUAGAUAACGUCAUGCAGGACAUCAUUUCGGCCGUACAGAAGUUAAAACUUGAGCUCGUCAUGUCCAGCGUGGGCAAAGAAGAAUCGAAGCGUCUUACAAAACUUGUUGAGCAGUUGGGAAUAAUGAAACAGAUCCGAGGCAAGGUUGCUAAGCAACGGGGUGAGAUGCAGCAGCAGAAAGACCAGCUCAAGAAGGAAAUGGAAGAUUUGAAGAAGAGGGUUGCUGAGGCUGAAAUGAAGCAGUAUGAACUAAAACGUAAGUCUGAAUGCUUCGACCAGCUCAUAGAGAUGAGUAUGAAGCGUCCAAAUCUGUCCAUGCCAUCCCCGGCUCCGUCCGAUUGGUCAGAACAGAGCACUGUCGGUGAGGACAUGGUCGAGUCAGAACAGUCUGAGAGCAACUCUCAUUCUGACGAACGCGGAGUCAGAGUUGGGGGAAAGCGGAGUCGAAAAGCUGCAAAAACUAACCGCAUCCCGCCGACGAAGGAAACUGUACCGGACGAUUUAGCCGAUGAAAAUAGCAAUACAUGUAUUGCGGAAGGGAAGAUGAAAGAGGAUUGUGCCUCUGAUAGUGGUGGUGAUGAUAAUCUGACGAGUUUGAAGAGUAAUACUUCUGAGCAGACGGCAGCGGCUAGGAAACGAGGGCGGUAUUCUGAUGAUGAGGAUUAUACUGGUGGUGAGGAUGAGGAUGAUGAUGACUGAUGAAAAAUUGUCAUUUAAAACGUGUCCCUGGUGUGGUUUACGUGAGAGGGUUUUUAUAUUUUUGACAAUCUUUUCAAAGGUGGGGAGUUGGAGGAACUGAUAAGUCUAAAGUGACUGCUGAUACUAGUGAUAGUAACUAGCACUACACCAACCUUUUUCAACAGGGCUGCCAACCCAUCAGUACUUUUAGUCCAUAUUUCUGAAAUUUGUCAAAAUUUGUAAGAUCGUACAAAAUUUUCCUUCGAUAUCCCAUGCAGAGUACUGAAGAUCAUGCAGAAAUACUGCUACCAGAGAGAAAUGAUAUUUUGGUAAAAAGUACCAAAAGAAAGGAACUUCUUGGAAGCAGUUCCUGAUGGCCCUCAUGAAGGGUUGGCGGCUACUGUUUCAGUAUGUUGUUUUCAAUGCGAUUCUGAAUAUCAUGACCAUUGGUAUCCUAAGAGCAUUAGCCAUAUGAUGAAUUUGUAUUUUUUUCUUGUUUCUUUUGGUUGUUUAUGGCUGUAUAUUUUGAAAAUGGGGGUUCAUUCGAUAUUACUUGUCUUAGUUUGCAUUUAUUUCAUGAAAAGUUUUGUUGAAGAGUAGGUGGCGGAGCGUUUGAAAUCUGCGAUUCAAUGAUAGUUGUUUUAGAAUUAUUUUGACUCUGUAGAGCUUUUGAUUUUCUUAGGGCUGUCAAUACAUGUAACUUUAGUCUACUCUGCUGUGAAUUGUAUGCGAGGUUGUAUAUUAUAACAUGUAAAUGUAGCGGCAAGAACUAGAUUAUGGUACCGGCCAAUGCAGAAAUGUUCUUAAUUGGAAGGGUCUCAUGUCAUUUAUUUAUGACGGUACUCUAGAAUGGACUUGACCAUAAUGACAUUUCGGGAAUUAUUAUGCAAAUCAUGACAUUGCCACCACUUGUGGUCUUGAACACAUGGCUCUUUAGCCAUUAUAAACCCAUGUUGCGUUCAUCUUGCAAACUUGGCUCUGUCUCGUCCAUUAGUUCAUCAUCAUCCUCGUUGUCGUCGAACGACUAGGUCGUGUUUGAUCGUUGGGUGGAAAAGAAAUGUGGAGAAUUUUAUCAGGAAGUAGUAUACAGGUAUAUCCAUGCUGUAUUGAUUUUGGGUAAUAUUGAAAAGGCAGUGGAGUUUUGUGAUUGCAGACACUUGUAGAUUUUCAUCUGGGUCUAACAAGGGACAAGGCAGAGUCAAGUUAGGUGUUUGAAUCGUCAGACGGGGUAGAAUACCAGAUCCUGUGCAUUUAUAUUAUCUGGAAUAGGAUUCCAAGCAUUUUAUGUCUGAAUGACUCAAAUUUACUUGUAUUUAAUUGAUUUUAGUAUGAGGCUUCUUCAAAAAGUGGAAAGCUUGACCAAGACUGAAGAGAGACAGUUGUAUUUUAAAUGUAUGUCUCUGCAGACAUUCUGGGAUAAGAAAUAUUUUCACAUUCCAGUUGCACAGGUAAUUUUUGCUGAUUGUUUGUGUCAGAUCAGGCAACUAUAAAAUGUAUACUUCUGAUUGUGGUUUUGAUUGGGUGACUUGUGUACAGUGGAUCUAUUUUGAGCAAAAUCAUGUAAUCGUUGUUAAAAAGGUCAAUUUAUUGCAUGUAUUGAGACCUUUUGAAAACGAAAUCAAUAUUUUUGGCCAGAAAGAUUUAUGAUUGCAAUUUAAGUUAAUGAUAAAUUGAUAGAAUUAUUGGGAUGGUUGAAAUUGAUUGUAUGAUUAUAAAAGUUAAAAUAUUGAACAUUAUAGAUUUACAGUUUUGGCCGAACUCCUAUAAUUACACUAGUGGUUAAAUCAUUCGUGUGCUUAGAUUGGUUUGACUGACCAUACAAUACAGAAACUACAUGUAUUUGCCUGUACCAAAACCAUAUUUUUCCAACUGAUACAUGUAGCUCUUGAUUAUUACACAUGAAAAAUGGCAAAAAUCCUGUUGAAAACUUGUAAUUAUUUUGACAGGCAUUGAACCACCAUAUGCAUGAGUUUCAAAUCUUAGACUGGUGAAACUGGAGUGUAUAGGAGAGUGCUGUAGAUUAUAAUGAAUUCCAUUUCGGCAUAUACAUUGAUUGACUCCUUGUAGGAGAUUGGUAUUGUUAUUCUGUAUAUAAGAUUUCUAGACAUUUAUAUUGUACAUAUGGCAGAAGAUAAAUAAACUUUCUACAGAUCUAUA